CGGCGGCAACGGGCGGAACGUCACUCUGACCUCACAAACAUGGCGGCGCCCAUUAGCAAACAUUGUAUUUCCGUUUCUCGAAAAGUGGGAAGUUUUCUGUUUAAUUCAGUGUUCAUUGCCCAGGCGGCGCACUGCUCUAACAACAUGGACUGUCAGAGGCCCACAAAGCUGGAGUUUGCGGUGCAGAUGACGUGUGAAAGCUGCGGGGAGAAAGUCAGAGCAGCUCUGGAGGGCAAACCAGGCGUGAACUCGGUCAGUAUUGAUGUCGGUCAGGAGCAGGUGCUGGUGGAAUCUGCUCUGACCAGUGCAGAAGUGCAGGCCCUGAUAGAGAGCACCGGACGGAGGGCCGUGCUGAAGGGCAUCGGAGGAUCAGAGCAAGAUCUGGGUGCAGCGGUGGCCAUGUUAGCCGGUGCCGGAUCGAUUCAGGGGGUGGUGCGUUUCCUGCAGCUGUCCGAGGAACGCUGCCUGAUUGACGGGACCAUUGACGGGUUGGAGCCCGGACCCCACGGUCUCCACGUUCACACGCUGGGGGACCUCACACUGGACUGCCUCAGUUGUGGAGAGCACUAUAACCCCUUUGGGAGACAACACGGCAGUCCAGAGGACUCCGACAGGCAUGUCGGCGAUCUGGGAAAUGUCAUCGCUGGACCAGACGGGAGAGCCUCAUUUAGACUGGAGGACGGUCAGCUUAAGGUGUGGGAUGUGAUUGGUCGAUCACUGGUUGUGGACGCAGGUGAGGACGACCUGGGUCGAGGAGGUCACCCUCUCUCCAAACAGACUGGGAACUCUGGAGAAAGGCUGGCCUGUGGGAUCAUCGCCCGAUCGGCGGGACUUUUCCAAAAUCCCAAACAGAUUUGUGCCUGCGACGGCGUCACGCUGUGGGAGGAGAGAGACCGGCCAAUAGCCGGGAAAGGUCGGAGCAAGAACAACCCGGAGACACCGGCGGCACACCUGUGAACCUCUCAAACCUCUGGACACUGAUGAGAGUUUGAACAAGGGGAACAAAAAGCGUCUCGAAGAGAAAUGCAGAUUGUGUUUCUCGGCGGAGCGCGAGUGCUGACGCGAGGAAGACAGAGUCCUGAAGAUUACUGCACUGAUGACCAAACAGCAAUGAAUGGACUUAAUUUUGUGAAAAUGCUCUUUGUGAUCGAAUCAAACGCUCUCUGCAGUUGCUGUUUAAUGUUUUUCUGAGCAUUUUAAACAUGUCACCUCCUCAGCAGGAUGUCUGUAAAUGUUUUCUCAGCUACAGAUUUAAUUUCUCUGUGUUGCCGUCCACUUGCAGGGACAUGUGAGUAAUUAUAUAAGCCUCUCUAAAGCACUUGUCAUCUCCACAUAUUUGAGUUUUAUUAAGUAGAAAAAUUAAAGAGGAUGUGAUGCGGAAGAUUAUUAUGAUUGCUCAUAGGUGGGUCACAAGUAAUGAUAUUUGUUUUAAGUAGAAUAUGCAAAAAGUUGUUGGAAAACCAAAUCCUGAAAUUCCAGGAUCGCUGAGAUGUGUGUGUUUGAUUUUAAAAAAUAUUUAGAAAAAAUCUGUGAUGAAGGGGGAGACCGUCCCUCUCUUUGGGAUCGACUCUGCAGGAGAGUUUAAAACGAGCCCAGGAGGGAGAGUGAAAUUCCUUCCAGAGUGAAAGGGGGCGAGGAGGGGGGGGUUAAAAAGUGACAGAGGGAGUCCUUGAAGGAUUGUGUGCUCAGCUGUUUUUCUUUCCAACAUGGAGAGUGAGGUUAGUGUUCCUUUAUCACUGCUGCAGAGGGCGUUUGAGCCACACAGAGAGGGCAGCUGACAAUCUCAGACACCCCCUCUCUGUUAUCUUUUAGGAAAGUCGGACGGGUGAAUCAUGAAGUUGUCCAAACUGCUGCCCCUGCAUAUACCUCAGCCACAUGUUGGUGCGCUGUCUGUGUCUGUGGCACAUUUUGGAUUGAUUUUUUUUUCCUCCAAAUCGAGCAUCUGUCUUGUUCUGCUGAUGCUCGAAUAAGUUUAUUGAAUUUCCCAGUAAAUGUUCUGUCAUUGUCCCUUUCUGUUUGAAGUGGCUGGGCUUUGAAUGAAGACUCAUUGUUAUAGCUGGACACCCAAAAACAGCUGUAUUUUUUUUAAUCUAAUAUCAAAGCAGGAAGCACAAAUCCAAAUGUUUGAUUUACAGCUAAAUAAAUCAGCACAACUACG